GCAAAGUCACAGUGGAAAUGCUGUUUUCAAAGUCGUUAACAAUGACAAGCAGGAGAAUAGCUGCAGCAUGUGUGCGGCAUCACUCCUCUCUGACAACUGAACUGAUUGAAAACAUGGACAAGAAAGCAACCUGGGACCGCUUCUACACUGAGAACAAAAGCAGGACCAGCACCUUCAAGAACUUUGAGUGGUUCUUUGGCUUUGACUCUGUCAAAGACUUAAUUUUGCCGCUUUUACAUGCCGAUUCCCAUCCAGAUGCUCUGCUCCGAGUCCUGGACAUGGGUUGUGGCACUUCUGCCUUGGGUCCCUGUAUUUACAGACACUCCCCUCUUCCUGUCCGGGUCACAUGUGCUGAUAUUUCCCCCGUAGCUGUGCAUCUGAUGCAGGAACACGUCCGAGCCAAAGCCAUCCAUCCUGACAAUUGUUCUUCACAGCUGGAGUUUGUAGAGCUGGACUGCACACAGCUGCACAAGCACUACGGUUCCUGCAGCAUGGACCUUAUAGUUGACAAGGGCACCACAGACGCCUUGUUGAGGUCGAAGGAAGGUAGAGGGAAGGCCAACCAGGUACUGAAGCAGUGUUUAAAGGUGUUGCGGAGCUCUGGGUCCCUGCUGCAGUUCUCUGAUGAGGACCCUGAUGCCAGGCUGCUGUGGCUGGAGACUGAGGCACAGGAGCAGGGUGUGAUGGCAGCAGAUGUAGGGGUGCAGGAAGUUGGGGAAUUAAGAGGAGUGUGUUACUACUGCUAUCAAGUGACUCCUCGCCCUGUUGAACAGCAGUAAUUCUGCCUCUGGACUAUCAUAAUGUGCAAUGUAAAGUGCAUUAUUGAACUUUAUCAUAAAAAUAUAUUUGUGUUUCACUCUCCUGUCAAUCAAACAA